CCUCUCCCAAGUCCUUUAGAGAGGGGACCAUGAUUUGGAAACGAAGCGCCGUUCUCCGCUUCUACAGUGUCUGCGGGCUCCUGCUACAAGCGGCUGCUUCCAAGAACAGAGUUAAAGGCAGCCAAGGGCAGUUUCCACUGACUCAGAAUGUCACAGUUGUUGAAGGUGGAACAGCAAAUUUGACCUGUAGGGUUGAUCAAAAUGAUAACACCUCCCUCCAGUGGUCAAAUCCAGCUCAACAAACUCUAUACUUCGAUGACAAGAAAGCUCUAAGGGACAAUAGGAUUGAGCUGGUUCGAGCUACAUGGCAUGAAUUGAGCAUCAGCGUCAGUGAUGUGUCUCUCUCUGAUGAAGGACAAUACACCUGUUCUUUAUUUACUAUGCCUGUCAAAACUUCCAAGGCUUAUCUCACCGUACUGGGUGUUCCUGAGAAGCCUCAGAUUAGUGGGUUUUCAUCACCAGUUAUGGAAGGAGAUUUGAUGCAACUAACUUGCAAAACAUCUGGAAGUAAACCUGCAGCUGAUAUCAGAUGGUUUAAAAAUGAUAAAGAGAUUAAAGAUGUCAAAUACCUAAAAGAAGAAGAUGCAAAUCGCAAGACAUUCACUGUCAGCAGUACACUUGAUUUCCGAGUGGAUCGAAAUGAUGAUGGUGUAAAAGUAAUUUGCAGAGUAGACCAUGAAUCUCUAAACUCCACACCUCAGGUAGCAAUGCAAGUCCUAGAAAUACACUAUACACCAUCAGUUAAGAUUAUACCUUCUACUCCAUUUCCCCAAGAAGGACAGCCAUUAGUUUUGACUUGUGAAUCCAAAGGAAAACCCUUGCCAGAACCAGUUUUGUGGACAAAGGAUGGUGGAGAAUUACCAGAUCCAGACCGAAUGGUUGUGAGUGGUAGGGAGCUAAAUAUUAUUUUCCUAAACAAAACGGAUAAUGGUACAUAUCGGUGUGAAGCAACAAACACUAUUGGCCAAAGCAGCGCAGAAUAUGUCCUGAUUGUACAUGAUAUUUCCAACACUUUGCUUUCUACCACUAUCAUCCCCUCCCUUACCACUGCAACAGUCACAACUUCUGUUUCCAUAUCAGCCACUACAACCACAUCUGCAACAACCAGCAGCAGAAGAGAUCCCAAUGCUCUUGCUGGACAGACUGGUCCUGAUCAUGCUCUUAUAGGAGGAAUUGUGGCUGUUGUCGUGUUUGUCACACUGUGUUCUAUAUUUCUGCUUGGUCGAUAUCUGGCAAGACAUAAAGGAACAUAUUUAACAAAUGAAGCUAAAGGAGCUGAAGACGCACCGGAUGCUGACACAGCUAUUAUCAAUGCAGAAGGCAGCCAAGUCAACGCAGAAGAGAAAAAAGAAUAUUUCAUUUAGAUGCAGACCUAGAUUCUGAGUUUUACUUAUCAGGCUGACUGCUGGAGAAAACUGGCUAUCAUCUUUCAGAAUUCAUUUCUACCAUCUUCUGUUCCCUUUAUUAAUCUCCAUACUAUACUGCUACCAGUAGCCAGUUUAUACCAACAAUCAGCUUUCUUUAACAUCAUUCUUUAAUUAUCCUCUCAUCCAUAAUGCAGGACAUUUCUUAUUGCCUAAAAUUCACAUUAUUGUUCUCUUAACAUACAGUGCUUGAAUAUACAGCCUUAACAAUGUUAAUCAUCACCAUGAACCAUGGUAUUGAAUUGUUUUCUACAUUUAAAAUUGUAAUUGUAUGCAAGUUUUUCUUCUCCAGUUUUCUUCCUUUUAAUCAUAGUCCUUAUUAAGUAUGCCAUUGGACAGUUUUCAUAACCCAUACUAUUAGGUGAACACCUAAUGUGCUCAAGUUCAAUCUAAAAUUAGAGGUUUACAAAGAAUAUUUUAUACAUCUCAGUAGUUCAAAGAUAAGUUUUUGAACCAUAUGCCCUAGAAAUCACAAAUCAAAAAUACUGUAGUAUAGUUUCUAGAAUGCUUGGACUCAAUGGUAGAGUUGUAUCAAUUUGCUAUUUAUCUAAUAGUACUUGAUACUGGAGCCAUGUGUUUGGGUUGUAAUCAUAUCAUGCUGUAUAUCUCUAUACAUUCUGCAUUAGGUUACUAUAGUUUCAUUUACAAAUAAAUUUUUCCAACACUUUUAUUGCUUUGAGGGUCACAAAGAUUAGAUAUGUUUCUGUAUUUUUUCAUAAUUUAUUUGCUUCAUAAAGACUCACCUGCCUACACAGAUUGGACGUAUUCAUAGGGCACAAUUUCAAGACAUUUUAGAAUCUGUAUAUAGUGCAUAUAAUAAAUCCAAUUAAACAUUAUUUGAUACAUAUUUAACUUUUUGGGCUGUAGGUAAGUCAGUCACAAGUAAGCAUUUUCUAAUGUCCAUUAUAUCCCUUUAGAUAUGACUUAAACCUAUAUUAUAAGUAGAUAAUAUGUAAUAGUAUUUUUGUCUGUAUGUCCUAGCACUGUUCAACAGCAAAUUUUUUCUAGUUCUUGUUAAUUUUUUUAUUUGUUAUACAAUGGAAGCACAAUGUUAUAAGGAAAGGUAAUUUUAAGCUAAUAACCAGUGCACAGCCUCAGGUUUUAAAUUACUACCACAUUUGAUUAAUAUCCUAAAGAAUAAACUCUUAGUUUCAAAAUAAAAAUCUCAAUUUUUUUUUUAAAUUUGGCAGUUCAGAGCUGCUUACCUAUCUUGAUUUGCCAAAAAAAAAAGAAAAGAAAAAAAGCAUUAAGAUAUAUGUUUUGUGUAAAAAUGGACUAAUUAUUUAUAUUAAAUUCCUGUCUAUGCAUUUUGUGAGAUACAAACUUAUGUCACAGCAAGUAAAAGAGAAUUUCUGUCAUGUUUUUAGCUUCACAGAGAAAGUUUCUCUUUCUCUCUCGAUUAGUUCUGAAAUUUUGGUGUAAUUAACUAUUAAAGAAAUUUCAUUACUCUUAAACAUGUCAACAACAAAUUUAGCCUAACACUUUUACUCAAAGAGCUAAUAUUAUCUGUUAUGCUACUAGAUCAGGUCUCAGUAUUUAUUUCAUGCUAAAGAAUGAAAACCAUGAUUGAUUAAUGUUACUCUCCCUUUUUCCAAGUGUUGCACCUUUAAGGGGAAAAUGGUAUAUGGUAAUUAUACUUUUAAAGUUGAAAAUCAUGAUGGGCUAUGGUUAAAAAAAUCUCUUGGGAUUUAUUUUUGGGAUAGGGGAAUGUUUGAGUACAUCAUGUAUUAAUAUCAAAUGAAAGGCAAGGGUGCUGUAUCUUAGAUUAUCAAAAAGUAUAAAUCUUUUAAGGACAAUGUUAAAAUUCUAAAACUUUUUGUUGAAACAUUUAUCUUGUUGAUUUCUUUUUUUUUUUUAAAGAAAGGACAAUGUCAGUCAAGCAGCACUUUUCAAAAUAUACAGAACAUAAAUAAUAUGAUGUGGUUGAGUGUUAACAUAAUAAAUCAUAUACAGUAUGACAUUUUAAAGAAAUAAGUCUGCAUUGAUGUGAUUGCAUGCUUGUUUUUACAAUUCACUCCAUACCAUCUGUGGAAAAAUGCAAUAAUAUGUUAAUAUAGUAUGGUAGUUUGAGAGAACCAGGUAGGUGCUACUAGACACAUUGAAACUAGUAUAGGUUUACAAAAUGUUCAUGUCUUUCAAAGCAAAGUCUUUAAGAAGACAAACACAAAACAAAAUUCAUCCUAUUUAGGACAAAACAGAAAAUUCUUAUUACAACAAUAAGUUGUAUAAACUGCAUCAUCAAAUACUAUUUUAAACUUAAUUUCAGGAUGCAUUUACAAAAUUGGUACUUUUCAUUGAUACGAUGUUUACAUCCCUCUUCAUUCCAUCUAAAUCUGACUUGGCUCAAACUGCUGAAUUGUUGCUUAAAUAAUUCAAUUAUUAUUUAUAGCAGUGUAAAGAAAAUUGCAAAUUUUGGAACAUUUUGAGAUUUUGGACUCUUUUAACCCUUACCCACAGAAUUAAAUAAUAUCAGUGUUGGAAUUUAGGAGGGAGAUGAAGGAAGAAAAAAUAGCUGUACUAUUAUAUUGGGGGGCACUAAUUAUAUGUUUCAGCAAUUAGUUAUUUCUAGGUUUUAAUUAAAAUAUUUUUAUUUUUUAUUCUUUUAGCAAGUAAGCAAAUUGUCAUUUUUCCUAACCCCUCAAAAAGGUUUUUUUUUUUUUUUUGUUGUUGUUGUUGUUUAAAUAAAAACUCCAAUCUAAAUAGUCUAUCCACCUUUGUUCACCCAAAUCAGAUAAAUAUGAAAAACUAAACCAUGGUACUUAUAUCUGGAAUAUACACACUAAUAAAACAGUUAGUCAAAUUCUGUCUCGGCUAGGUGAGCACAGUCAUUACAGGACUAGGUGAGAGAAGUGCACACAUACCCAAAGGUAGAAUAUGGCACAUUGUUCUUUGCUCAAAAGAAAGUAGCUAAUCUCUGCCAGUGUACUGUUUACAGUGUCCAUCGAUUGUUCUUCAUCUAAAAUUGUCCAAACAACAUUUCUUCUUUUUUCCCCCAUUUGCUUGUAUCUUAGACAGAAUGAUUCCUUUUUACUAAGUGUGCGUGCAUGCGUGCGUGUGUUCAUGUGGGAGGGGGGUGCUUCUUUUAACUUGUUUUCUGUCACCAGAGAAUUCAAGAAGCAGUUUAAGGAACCUGAUAUUUAAGUUGAAGUUUAGAAUUUAACCUAGAAAAUGAAUGCUCUCAUAUUGCUUCAUAAUGGCAAACCUUGCACUAAAAUUCCCAUAAGUAAAUAAAUAAACCGGGAAGAAAACAUUUGUUUUUUCCCUAAAUAAGGCAAGGAAGCUAACACCUCAUGUAUUUUCAUUACUAUGUAAAAAAAUAUAAAUCUCUCAAUGAAAAAAGGACUGGUUCAUUUGUAAUUAUGUAACCAUGAUUGUAAUAGCAUUGAGGUUCCAUGUACGCACAUGUACAGUAGGUAUUAAACACCUACAGUGUAGUUACAUGUACUCCCAUGUAACAUAGCAGUUAUAGUGUAAUUUAGUGCCACUUAUUGUAAAGUGUUACCAAAAGGAAAACAAUAUUUUACCUUUGCUUUUUCUUGGAAGGGAAAGGUAAUUUUAUGGAAGUAACAUCUUAAAUCUGACAUUACAUUCCUUUAAUAAAGAGGUCAUGCAAAACCUCUCUUUCACACUGCAGCUUCCCCUUUCACCCGACACACCGUACUUAGAGUCCUCCAAAUGUCCAAUAUUGUUGCUCUUUGCAAAUGGUAAUCCAUAAUGAACAUACCAAAAAAUUCAGCAAUGCCAGCUGAAGUAAGAAAAAUAUCUAAUGAAAAUUACUGAUGAGUAAUGCUUUUUAUUAAGUGGCACAAAGUACACACUAAAAACUAUGCAAAAAUAUAGGUAACUACAGUGUAUUUACAUGUAAGUAUCUUGUACUUGCUGUGUAUGGAUGUUGGAAACCCAUGUAAUUAUAAUAUGCAUUUUGAUUAUCCUUAAGAGAAAAACAUACAAGAGAUAUAAUAAUUUGUUUUAAGGUUUUUGCAAUAUUUACCCUUAGUGCAAUAUCCUCGAUUACCUGGGAUCAUAAAUGUAGAAGCAAAAAUGCCAGAUAUAUUUCUUUUUCUUCCCAUCCUAUGAGACCCAUUGAAAAACUGGUUGCUAAAUUAAAGCCUACAGUUUGUUCAUCUCCACUGCCCACAUACUAAAGCUUUGACAGUAGGGAUAAAUAGCUUACCUAUAGCUGGUUUAACAGUACCCAACUGCUAGUUCCCUUCCUUCAUGGAAAUUAUCAUUUUUUAUGGCCUUGUCUUUUGGCCAGGGCAUUCCGCAUAAACAAGAAGGAAAGAAAUAUUCUGAAAUAUAUUGUCUAACUCUUCAGAAUUAGAAUACUCUCAUUUGCCUUGGAAUUUCCAUGUUUUACUUUCAUGCUAAGUUGGCAUUUUCUUAUAAUGUAACUACAAAAUGUUUCCAUCAAGGUAUAGAGAUGCCUUCAAAAUAUAGGGUAAUUUUUUCUAAACAUUAAAUUUUAUAUAUUGAAAAUUUUUUUCUAAUCACUUCUUUCUCUUCUCCUCUAACCCACUGCUAUACCCUUCCAAAGUAAAGUAGCAAAGUAAUGAAGAAUAACAAAAAGAGAAGCAAAAAUAAUUAGAUUAAUUUGCUCUGAAUUUUACAUGUCUAUGUCUGUUUUAAUGUAUUGAGAUUGUCAGUAUCAAAUGCAAUAGUGAUAUUGGUCAUGACUGGUAAGUCUUGUGCUAUAUAUUCUUAAAAUGAUCCUUCUACCUCUCAAUUUUAGCAUAGAUUAUGAGAUUUCAAUAUGAAUGAAUAAAAAAGAGGUAUUUAUAAGAUCUUGCAGGCAGUAUUCAGAAGGGAUUAUCACAACCAUCUUUCUAUUGUGAAUACCAAAAGUCAACUUCUUUGAUUGUGUUCAACAGAGAAUGGAUCUGUAUGUUUUCUUUCUUUAACAUUAAAACUCCCCUAUAGGCAAAAUGAAAUAGUCACCUUUUAAAAUCGAAGCACUUACAUGCCUUUCAGUAUUUCAAGGAUGAAUGGCAGCACUUUGGAAUCCAACCUGGUAUUCUGCCUUGAGGACAAAUAAAUAUUAAAAAUUCUUACCAAUUUUCUGUGUUUAUACAGAACAAAAUGAAAUGGAUAAUUUAUUUUCCCAAUGAUCUUGAUGAAUGCAGACAACCAAUGAAAAUAAUUCAGUCGGGCUUUCUUUAUAUCAGUAAAUGUUGCUCUGAAUUUUCCAGAGAAUUGCCUCAAAUAUACACUUUAUUUUGCCUGUGUAACCAUGGCUUGAAUGUCCUGAAUUUAAUUAUGCUUUAGGGGAAUAACAUUUUAAAAGCACAGAUAUUCACAUAGGAGGAAAAUAACAUAAAACCUACUCAGUUUGGUGGUAUUAGUGAUGAUCAUCAAAAAAGUGUAAAAGCAUAUAUAAAAAUAAAUUGAUUUUAUUUGAUGUUGGUAUAUUGCAUGUAACACUGGGGCCACUAUGUUCUUAUAUACGUCAUGUAUAUGUCAGCUACAUAAACCUAGCAAAAAGGAUGGGUCUAAAAGACAAAGGGGGAAAAUGGCAUAAUUCCCAAUAAAUGUGUUCAGGCUUAUAGAAGAGAAAAUUAAAAUCCUUCUUUCCAGUUAAAAAAGAUAAACUCACCGGGGCUCAGCACUUAAGCACUUUCCCCACAUCCAGGGUCAAAUCAGCAGUGGUGUCUGUAUAAACUCUAAUGCAGCAUGAACUGCACUUAAAAUUGUCUUACACACAGUACUGUAAAAUCUCAGAUACUUUCGUCACAAGCUUUCUCCUUUAAAUAUGUGAACAUUGUAAACUUUUUGUUUAUAGUUUGAUGACAGAGAAAGUUUUGUAAAAUAUAAAUAUGUUGUAGUUGCAACAAAUGGUCACAAAUUGGGGGAAGGGGAAUCUGAUACAUGAACUGGAUUGUUAUUUCUUUCCUACACAAACCCAUAAUGUUUUAUCUCUGUUUCUACAAUGUAUUAGAUGAUUCUAGUGGAUGGGGGAGCAAAUGUUUUGGAAAUUUUUGCAAAACUUGUUUUCUUUUUAUUAUCUGUAUAAUUUAAAUGUUUGCAAAUUCUUUUUAACUGUAUCUGUUGUAUCUGCUGCAUACUAAUAUUAUAAUGCAAUUUAGAAGCGAUAAGUAUUUGAGUUUGAAAUUGCUGACAUAUGUGCUACAUAUUAAGUUCACAUAAAUGUUUGUGAAUGGGUUAACUUUUAAAUUUUACCAAAAGAAACCUCUUUUUAUAAAUCACAAUUUUUUCAACUUAACCAGUGUUGGAGACAAGUCUGCAAAGUUAAGAUUAAAAUAUGUGUUACUGAAAGUGGUAUACUGCACCACUGUGGCCCUCUAGCUAGCUCUAAAACUAAAAUGUUCCAUUUGUAUGUUUUACAGUUCAUAACAUUUGGAAGGGUAUACUUCUGACACUGUAAAAAUCAAUUCCAUGUAAGUAGGAUCCACAGGAAUUAAGCAUAUUGCACUGGAGAUAGAAAAACAAUUAGUUAAUCUACUUUGUCAUUAGUAUUUUUAAACAAACAAAAUGCAUAUUGUAAUGUUAGGUACAUGACACUUGCAUGUUGAUAUGCCUAUAUACUUACAAAGUAUUCAAUGUGUACUUAGUGGCGCUUAAGAUAUGUCAUGUACAACUCUUAUAAACAUUCUUACAGGGUUCCCAUUUGCACUUCAUCUUUCAGUAAAGUCUUGUCAGAAAAAAAUUGUCUAAUGAAUAUUAUUGAAAAAAUAAAAUUUGAAUUUUAGUUA